AUGUUUUCUAAUAUCUCAGCAGAUAACAUCAAAACAGGCUAUCUUGUUUUUUAUAAUGCCGUCUCUUGUGCUGGCUGGUUCUAUGUUCUUGUAUUAGUUUUAUCCGAGUUAGUGCAAAAUGGUGAUCUUACAACAGUUUAUGAUCGAACUGCGUUUCAAAUUGCAUCUCGUUUAUUUCUAGUAUGGGGAGUAGUUGAUAUUUUUCCUGAGGUUCAAUCUCAUUGGGCAUUCACAACCAUGACUAUUGCAUGGUCAAUCACAGAAUCAGGAAGUGAAUCAAUACUAGUUUACGAAUCACUUCAUUAUUCUAAACAAUUAAGCGUAACUUAUUAUUGGCUUCAAAUUGUAAUAUUAGCCGUAUACGUACCAGGUUUUUAUAAAUUGUACACUUAUAUGAUUAAACAACGUAAAAGAUAUCUUGGCAAAGGCAAAGACAAAGCACAAAAAACUGAUUAG